UCUCACAAAGUGCUUUUUGUUCAGUAGCAACCGAUUUAUUUCUACAUUUCUGAGUUUCAGCAGAGAAGAGUGAUGUAGCCAAAUCAGAGAUGGGGAUUAUUCAGAGAGGGGGCCGUGACUAUUAUUAACGAGAUGCUACUGUAGAGCAAGACACGACCCCAGAGCAAGGGACAUAUACGCUCUAGAGAGCGUUUAAUUGGACAAACAAAAGUGUCAAAUUAUGAGAUUAAAACUUGAAUAUCUACAAAACUAUUUAUUUAUUUAUUUUUGUAUCUAGGUAUCACUAUGAAAUCACUAUCAUAAACUUGAAUAAGAAUGCUUAAUUAUCCAAUGAACCCUUAAUGAACCAAUUAUUUUUUCUAAUAAUAGCGUAUUUUGUUAACAAUAUGCGCAUAUUUUAAUAACAUUUAUGCUCUUGUGAGUGCAGUCAUAUAUGAAGUGACGAAUGAGCAGUGCUUUUGUACAAUGAUGAAUCUUUACGACAUUCAAAGUGCGAUGCUCCUCCGUGCCUGCGGGUGGCGCUGCGGAGACAAACAAACAGCCGGAACCCGAACCACAAGAGAGUGCGCAUGCGCGGUGACAACCCGGAAGCGCUGAGCGGUCUCAGCGCUGUAGUAGCACAUUUAUACAGCACUGUGAUUUAUUUUGUUUUUUGUUUUGUUUUGUUUUGUUUUUUUUAUAUAUAAAAAUUCCAAUUAAAAUGUAUUUUGAAUGAAUUUCGAAAGACACACGGGAUAUAAAACGGAAUAAAUAAAGUUGUCUUCCGGCUAAACGCAUGAAUGCACUUCUGUCUGGAGCGCUAGGCGUUCUCCGAUGGCGUCUUCAGAAGACGAGUUCCCGACCCUGAAGCCGCGCCGCAUUCAGAACCAGAACGUCGUGCACAGACUGGAGCUGCGGCGCAUCAGCUCCGGCCGAGCCGGUGCUCAUUGGUACCGUGUUCGCUGUUUCCACCAGAACCUCUUCCCCAACUUCACCGCCGUGAACGUCGAGAAGCCGCCGUGUUUCCUGCGGAAGUUCUCUCCAGACGGCCGCUGCUUUGUCGCGUUCUCGUCGGACCAGACCUCGUUGGAGAUCUACGAGUUCCGGGGCUGCCAGGCGGCCGAAGAUCUGCUCCAGGACCACGACGAGGGCCGAGACGGCGAGGUUCUGAGCGAGAGCGUGCGAGCCCGUCUGUUCUCGCGCUUUUUCUCGCUGCUUCACGUGACCAGCGUGGCAUCCAACGGCGAGCAUCUGAACCGUGAGUGCAGCUUGUUCACGGACGACGGGCGCUACGUGAUCGUGGGCUCGGCGGCGUACCUGCCCGAUGAGCCUCAGCCGCACUUUUUCGAGGUUUAUCGCAACAACGAGGCGGUGACUCCAAACCCGCGCUCGCCGCUCGAGGACUACUCACUCCACAUCGUCGACCUUCACACGGGACGCCUCUGUGACACGCGUGCCUUUAAAUGUGAUAAAAUCAUUCUGUCGCAUAAUCAGGGACUUUACCUGUACAGGAACAUUCUCGCUGUCCUCUCCGUCCAGCAGCAGACCAUCCACGUCUUUCAGGUGACGGCGGAGGGGACGUUCCUGGACGUGCGUACGAUCGGGCGGUUCUGUUACGAGGACGAUCUGUUGACGCUGUCGGCCGUGUACUCGGAGGCGCAGGCGGAGGGGCCGGCCGGGUUCUCGCGCCUCUAUAAGGAGAAGAGCAUCAGCUCCCUGAAGCACCGGCUGCUGGUGUUCCUGUGGAGACGAGCCGAGCGAGACGGCAGCGCCACCGCCAAACGCCGCUUCUUCCAGUUCUUCGACCAGCUGCGGCAGCUGCGCAUGUGGAAGAUGCAGCUGCUGGACGAGAACCACCUGCUGAUCAAAUACACCAGCGAGGACGUGGUGACCCUGCGCGUCACUGACCCCUCACAGCCGUCUUUCUUCGUGGUGUAUAACAUGGUGAGCACGGAGGUGAUAGCGGUGUUUGAGAACACGUCGGAUCAGCUGCUGGAGCUGUUUGAGAAUUUCUGUGAUCUGUUCCGUAACGCUACGCUGCACAGUGAGGCUGUACAGUUCCCCUGCUCGGCCUCCAGCAACAACUACGCCCGGCAGGUGCAGCGCAGGUUUAAGGACACUAUAGUGAAUGCGAAGUACGGCGGUCACACGGAGGCGGUGCGGCGUUUACUCGGUCAGCUGCCCAUCAGCGCUCAGUCGUACAGCAGCAGCCCGUACCUCGACCUCUCACUGUUCAGCUACGACGACAAGUGGGUCUCAGUGAUGGAGCGACCCAAAACCUGUGGAGAUCACCCCAUACGGUUUUAUGCGCGAGACUCUGGCUUGUUGAAGUUUAAAAUCCAGGCUGGUCUUCUGGGUCGGCCGAUAAAUCACGCCGUGCGCCGCCUCGUGGCCUUCACCUUCCACCCGUUCGAACCGUUCGCCAUCUCAGUGCAGCGCACCAACGCCGAGUACGUCGUCAACUUCCACAUGCGCCACAGCAGCUCCUGAAAAAACACGCGCAUCUGGAUCGUGUGUGUGUGUGUGUGUGUGAGAGAGAGAGAGAGAGAGAGUGCGCGCUAAUGUCCACGCUGUACUUUACCGAUCAUAUUCCCAUUUUUUUAUAUUAAAACUGUAUUUAUUGUACAUAUUGGAUUUUUUUAUUUUUUUUUUUAUUAUUAUUAUUACUAUUAUUUUUUACAAAUAUAUGACUUAUUUCACUGAAUGAUAUUUUUAUUGUAAAUAAAAGUUAGUUUGGAUAUAUCACACCGUCCAGAUGUGUUCUCUGCUACAGGAAAGCCGGAAGCGAUGCAGACAGGUGAGUAUUCGUACAACUUUUUUUUUAUUUUUUAAAAAUAUCGUUAUCGUUUCUAUAGCAACGGCUCGUUUGCAGCGGACACGGGUUAAAUAAUAAUCGUUUAUUCCGGAAACGUUUCUGUAAGUAGAAACGUGUUCGUGUAACGUUUACGGAAGGAGUCUCCGUUGUCAGCGCUUUGUAACGGUCAGGGGUGAAGCGGUUAUCUUCAGGACAGAGGGGUUUACACUUCUGCAUGCUUUCUCGGUAACACGACGAGGAAGAGAGAAAGAACGCAGAUAGCAAAGUCUCUCGGUUUAUUCAAAAAGACCAGGGUAAAUAUAUCUGUAUAUCAGACAACAGUUUGAAUUCUUAUUGGUUAGACACAAAUCAUCAGACAGUCAUGUGCCUCAGCAACAGCGUGCUCAUCGCUCAAGGUAAAAACACGGCGGGCCGGCCGUACAUCCCGUACGAAGACACGAGAACGCUAGGAUGUUUUUACAAGAUAAGAGAGAAAGACACAUUCCUGUGAUAUGGGUUGUCGAGGCGGCGAGAAAAAGGUCACAGUGUUCUCACGACAGAGCGAACUCGCAUAAACUCAUGAGCUAAAGUAAGACAGCGUGCCAUGUUAAUAUUUAUCGACGGGACCGACGGGAGCCGUGUACGCUCUGUGGUGAAAGACUGCUUCACUCCUCCAAAGAAUGAGUCCUUCCCUCGUGAAGGAAUAGCAACAUACGCAGAGUUAGUAAAAGGGAUACACACGAGAAUAUACGUGAGAACUAAUAGUGUGAACACCACAACUGGUAGCACGGCGUGUACGAGCCAAGAACCCCAUCCUCCCCAGAAUGUAGAAGACCAUGAAUCAUCUGCUUCAGGAGGAGUAGCUAUGGACUGGUGUAUGAGAUUGGUAAUGCUGGCGUAGUUAAUGCUAGCAUAGUUAAUGCUACCGUUGGUAACGUUAGUGUACUUAAUGCUAGCGUUGGUAAUGCUAGCGUAGUUAAUGCUAGCGUAGUUAAUGCUAGUGUUGGUAAUGCUAGCCUAGAUAAUGCUAGCGUACUUAAUGCUAGCGUUGGUAACAUUAGUGUAGUUAAUGCU